CGGUAAUGGCUGACGAUCAUCCACAGGACCAGGCUGAACACGAGCGCAUUUUCAAGUGCUUUGACGCUAAUGGCGACGGUAAAAUCUCUGCGUCAGAGCUUGGGGAUGCCUUGAAAACACUCGGCUCCGUCACUCCGGACGAGGUGAAGCAUAUGAUGGCCGAGAUUGAUACCGAUGGCGACGGCUUCAUUUCUUUCCAAGAGUUCACGAAUUUUGCUCGUGCUAAUCGUGGUUUAGUGAAGGAUGUUGCCAAGAUAUUCUAAUGUUUUUUUUUUAUUAUUAUUAUUAAUCAUAUUUUCAUGUUCAAUUGUUUAAAGCUAUAACAUGCGUGGG